CGCCGACAUCGCGUACCCCUCUUGCUCUUCCAUUUUAUUUUGCCCAUGUCGAUUUGUGUGUUCGCCGUCGUUGUCGUUGGAUAGCAGCAGGACCCACUCGCUAGAAAGAGCAUGGCAUCGACCCUGGAAAAGGCGCGGGCCUAUCUGCGCGCCUCGCAGUCCUCCAAAGAAGAGCGCAGGCUGGUGCGCAAGAUAGACUUCUUCAUCCUGACCUUCUGCUGUCUCAGCUACUUCACCAACUACCUGGACCGCUCCAAUUUGACCAACGCCUAUGUCUCGGGCAUGAGGGAGGACCUCGCCUUCAAGGGGAACCAGUUGACGCAGAUUAAUACCAUUUUCACGUGCGGCUACAUCAUUGGGCAGAUCCCGUCGAAUCUCGCCCUUCACUACAUUGCGCCGCGCCUCUUCUUCCCGAGCAUGAUGCUCGCGUGGGGCGGUCUGACGAUGCUUACGGCCGCGGCCCAGCAGCCCCAGCACAUCAUGGCCAUCCGCUUCUUCCAGGGGAUAGCCGAGAGCAGCACAUUUGUCGGCACGCACUACAUCCUGGGCUCGUGGUUCACGGAGCGCGAGCUCGGCAAGCGCAGCGGCAUCUUCACGGCCUCGGGCCUCGCGGGCACCAUGUUCGGCGGGUUUAUCCAGAGCGGCAUUCAGGCGAGCUUGCAUCGCAAGGCAGGCCUCAAUGGCUGGCGCUGGCUGUUCAUUAUCGAUGGACUCAUCACCCUCCCGAUUGCCAUUUAUGGCCUCCUUCUCUUUCCGGACACGCCGAGCAAGACUCGCGCACCGUACCUGUCCGCCACGGAGCGCCGUCUCGCCGCUGCGCGCGUGCCGGAUCCGCACAGCGCGACGUCGCCCUUUACAUGGCGUUUCGUGCGGCGCGCGGCCACGUCGUUCGCCUUCUGGGGCUUCGUCGUGCUGUGGGCAAUUGCAGGCGAGGUCGAGUCUUUCAACAGCAACGGCCUGCUGGCGCUGUACCUGCAGUCGCACCCGACAAAACACUACACGGUUGCGCAGCUGAACGACUACCCGACCGGCGUCGCAGCCGUGGGUAUCGUAAGCACGCUGUUGUGGGCGGCGCUGACAGACUUGCUGGGUGGGCGCUCGCGCGCGCUGGUCGGGUAUUGGUGCGCCGGUGUGUGUGCAGUGGCGGCUGCAAUGGUCCUUGGGGCAUUUAAAAGCACCGGAGCCGUCAUGGCCGCGUAUUAUCUUUCCGGUUCGGCGUACGCUGCGCAGGCGGUCAUGUUUGCAUGGGCGAAUGAUGUGCUGAGAGGUGAGAAUGAGGCGUUUAGGGCGCUGGUGGUCGCAGCCAUGAAUACGGCGAGUAACGUCGUGAAUGCAUGGUGGAGCAUUGUGUUUUAUAGCGCGGAUAUGGCGCCGAGGUUUACGCGUGGCAUGUACGCGAUGAUAGGCACGGCUAUCGCACUGGCAAUUUGGACGGCUUUGCUGAGCGUGUGGGCGAUAAGGCAUGAGCGAGUGCGCGGGCGUGGCGGAGAUGCAGAUGCGCUCGCGAGCGGUGACUCGCUUGAUGGGAGGGCUGGUGGUGCCGGUCAAGGUGACGAAGACGGUGAUAAUGGAUUGUCGCAGCAAGUGGAGAUUGAAGAGAACGAGGGGAGGGAGAGAGUGCUCGCGGAGAAGGUGUAGGUGGUGUAAUGAGAGGGAAAGAGAAAAGGAAACCGCGCUGAGAUGCGCCAUAAUACCCACUUACCAGUCUAGGUAGGAAGCCGAAGACGACAAUCCUGUACAGAACUAUACAUUAGAGGGGCCGCAAACCCCAUCACCGACCCGUCAGCAAUCUCGGGUACGGUUCAAUCAUCCUCAUAGCUUUUAAUUUACUAUAUUAUAAUUCUUAUUUACCCCUCCUUGUCACCAGUCCUUACAGACCUCCUACCCAGACUGAACAUUCUACCCACGUACAUACAAGCAAAAAAAAAAAAAAAA